GUCGUUCAUUAGGUUUAGAAAUCUCCGCGUACAGAGCCCAGAGGUCUAUAUCUUGACGGACAGAGCGAGUCCUGACGAGGUGAUGUCCAGGCAGUGAGCGCUCAGCAUGGACGGAGGCAUCUGUGACUUACCCGGGGGAGUGGCGGCCUGUCCCAGCCCACAUUGAAGUGAAGACACGCUGUGAGCUGUGUGUCUGUGUGUCCAGGUCCCUCUCUCCCCCUGUCCACCCUGCGCCUCCUGGUCCCACCCAUCCGCCUGGUCUCUGCUGCCAUCUGGCAGACAGUGGAGCAGAAGAUUGUGUCGGACUACGGACUCCUGGAGGAGUUCGUGUUCAUGGUCACAGAGAUCGUCCCACAGCUUCUCUCCAGCAGACAGCGAGCCGAACUCAUUCUGGGACUGCGAGCACGGCUCAUCUUAGAGCUGUGUCGCUCUGAGGAGACCGCUGUCCUCCAUGUGAUUCAGCCUCAUUUGGACCGCAUGCAAAACCUGCGCUCUCUGUGGAACGUGGAGACUGAAGAAGCAUCUGACUCUCACUUUCUGGGCCUCGUCCGAAACCUUCUGAGAGAUCCGGACGAGAGAAGAAACUUUUUCCAGGAUGUUUUCCCAGGAGAUUUUGGUCCCACUUAUGACAAAGCCAUCCAGACUCUGAUGUGGUUGUUUCUGUCCCGACUAGAAAAGCUUCUCCCAACACAAACACUUCAGCAGAUCGCAUCUCUGCUCAACGAUACCUCGUCAGUUCUGAAUGAGUGUAUGGAAAGUUUCACUCAGCCGCAGGAACUCAAGCUCCUUCUUGACUCUCAUAAAGAUCUCAGCCAACUGGAAGACAUCGAGUCGUACGUCGUGGAGAGUGGGAUCUUGUCAGCGCUGUGCCUCCCUCCCGUGGAGCGAGUCGUGAUCGUCAACGAGCAAGCGGAAACGGACACUGAAAGCGGCCUUGUGUACACCGUCUGCACCGAGAUGGAGGUGGAGUCGGAGAACAAAGAGCUGUACGUGGAGGGCAGCGGCCAGUCGGAUGACUGUGUUCAGACGCAGUGGUUCGGCCUCAGCGGGGAGGUCAAACCAGAAAUGGACGGCGUGGUGGUCACGGACCCCGGGGAAGCCGUGGAAGCCAGUGAGGGUGAAGCAGCGGACGACCGUCAGGCAGGGACGCUGAUCAUUGGGGAGGACGGACAGGUGACGGUGCUGGAUGGCGUGGAGAAGAAGCCCAAGAAACGCGGCAGGAAGAAGAAGCAGCCCGUAGAUGAAGAUUUCGAAGUGGAGGGAAGAGCGAAGAUCAGGAGCGAGGACCAGGACAUGCUAUGGGAGCGGCCGGUGCGAAAGAACCGGGGACUUAAGAUGAAACGGUACUUGUCUCAGUGGAGGAAAACUGGCAAGACGCAGGGAACCUCCAACAGCAAAACGUUGACCCGGUCGCACAGCUUAAGCAAAAGCAGCGACCUGGACGACAGGACGUGCAAAGUCUGCGGCAAGGUAGUGUCUCAAGCCAAGUUCUUGGAACGCCACAUGAGUCAGCACGCGGAGGAGCAGCAGUACACCUGUCCCUCAUGUCUGCGGUCCUACAAGAGCCUGCGCUACCUGCAGAUACACAGGUGUGCAACGUUCUCCGAAGGACGGCCGGGAAGGAAACCCAAGCAGCCGGAGUCCGGAGAAGAGGAGGGCGAGCAGUCGUCCAGCGGGGUCCAGUGUGAGACGACCGGCGAGGAGCAGCUGUUGGACCCCGACCCCAACCAGGACCCCGACUACCUUCCCUCCAAAGAAGAGGGCCCCUUCUACUGUCCGCACUGCAGCGUCGAGUUCAAGUGCAAACAGACCUUCAGGUUCCACCUGAGGAACAUCUGCUACACGGAGCAGCAGGUGGACCCCGAAAAGCCCGACGACGUCAAGCACUGCUUCCGCUGCAACGAGUGCGACAAGGCCUUCAAGUACAAGUCGACUCUGGACUCGCACAAGCAGACGCACAACCCGCUGUACUGCGAGGUGUGCAUGAAGCUGGUGCGGGACUCGGAGGCGCUCGCCAUGCACAAAGAGUCGCACACGCCGUUCCAGUGCAACCGCUGCGAGGAGAACUUCCCCGUGUUCAAGUCGCUCCACAAGCACUACAUCGACGUGCACAACCCCACCGAGCCGUACACGUGCACCCACUGCCAGACCACCUUCGCCAGCCUGAAGCGCUUCAUCAGGCACGAGUGGAAGCACACCGGCUACCAGCCGUUCCAGUGCUCGCACUGCAGCAAGCGCUUCCGCUCCUACUCCGACCUGCUGGAGCACCAGAAGAAGCACACCAAAGCCUACCCCUUCCUCUGCUGGGAGUGCGGCAAGAAGUUCCGGCACAGCGUCACGCUGACGAGGCACGUGGAGCGCGUGCACAACGCCGGCGAGCCCAUGACCGAGAGGCCCAUGCCCACUUUCACCUGCUCCCAGUGCGGGAAGAGCUUCACGUCCAGGAGGUGCCUCCUGAAGCACGACAACUUCCACCACAAAGGGAUGCGCUUCCCCUGCGAGCACUGCGGGAAGGGCUUCUUCGGCAAGGACGCUCUGGUGCGGCACACGCUGAUCCACACCGGCGAGCGGCCCUACAAGUGCGACGACUGCGACAAGUGCUUCCGCUCGGCCGCCGAGCUGAAGAUCCACCGGAGGUAUCACACCGGGGAGAGGCCGUUCAAGUGCAACGUCUGCGAGAAGGGCUUCGUGCAGUCCUGCUUCCUCACGCUGCACAUGAGAACCCACACGGGAGAGCGGCCGUACGUCUGCACCCAGUGCAGCAAGGGCUUCUCCAGCCUGCACGGCCUCAAAAGACACCGCAGACUGGUCCAUUCCUAGCUGGUCCCAAAACCACGCUUAAGCGCCCAUUUCACCCGUCCGAACAGACCCAGAGAAUGAUUGCAUUGAAGGAUUGGUCACCGUUUAAAAAAAGAAAAGAAAAGAAAAAAAAAACGCUGGUCAGGUCCAGGACUUCAAAUGCAACUGGUUGUCCCAGUUGAGGGACUUUUUUUUUUUUUGUGAAAAAAAAAUGUUGGGCUCUUUGCUUUCCAUACAGCUGCCACAGCGUGGAUUGUAGGAACUGUGUAAUAUAGUUCAUUAAAAAAAGAUAUAACGUAAUGUAACUAUGUAUUUUUUACAGGAAUGUUUGCUGUAGUUUUGCGCAAGAUUUGUAUGUUUAAAUUUUAAUUCCAUUGGGAAUUGUUGUCUUUUUUUUCCAGUUUUUUUUUCUUUAAUAAAUUCAAAAUUUAAU